AUUAUAAUUUUUUAAGAAAAAUGAAAUAGAGGAGGGCCCUUCCUUCGGGUGGUGAUAGCGUGCUCCAGUUACGGCGAGCAACAUGGUUUCCCGCUAGUGCGAGAGGAAAUAGCACCUUCCUAUCAUUCAUUCGUCUAAGCCAGAAGCGAUUCUGAAGUUUGAAAAAGUGAAGGAAAUCGCAACAGUGAGUUCAAUUCACGCCUUGGUAUCCAUUGGUUUUAAACGAUGAAAGAAAGAACCUCGAUCUUGUCACCUACUUGUAGACACACAGCAGCUUCUCUGUUCGCUCUCGCACUUCACCACUCUCAGAUUCGUCUAACAAAGGCUACUUCUCUCGACUCUCAAACUCAAGACCCGGAAGUCUGGUUUAACCAGAACUCUCAUUUGCUCGGCCCAAUUUUUAGGUUCCUUGAAGUGGAUGAGGACUCCUGGCAGGGCAUAAAGGAAACUGCCUGUUCCUCUUCUCAAUUCAGACAUCACCUUGGAUCUUUGUUGACAUUACUGUCAGAGGAAGGUGGUGAAUCAAAGAAAGAAGCUGAGUUGACCAAAGCUGUUGAUGCCUCGGCUUUGAGCUUGAAUGAUACUUCUACUACCCAUUGUCCAAGUGGGCAGAAAACUGGGAACCAAGAUGAUAUGUGUGACAGUAUGGAGAGCUCAGCUAUGCUGUCUGAAAAGAAAAAAGCUUCUGGUACACUAGAAAUCGCAACGUUUGAACAAUCUUUAGAGGAGGCAACCCUUAUUGGUUACCAGAAGAAAGUGUCAGUUCUGUACACACUAGUUGCGGCUUGUGUGGCAGACACUGACAAGUCAAGGCAGGGCUACGAUGCUCGUCACCGUGUGGCUCUGCGGUUGCUUUCUGUAUGGCUUGGUGUCGAAUGGAUUGAAAUGGAAGCAAUGGAGGCUAUGGUUGCUUUUUCUAUAAUAAAUUCAGCGAGUAAAGAAGGUGCUAAGGAAGAAGAAUCUGUAGGUUCAGAAACUAGCCUGGAUAAAUGGAAGCGUGGAAGUAUCAUAGGAGCAGCUGCUGUAACUGGAGGAGCCUUAAUGGCUGUAACUGGUGGCUUGGCUGCCCCGGCAAUUGCCCAUGGAUUGGGUGCUUUGGCUCCUGCGCUAGGAGGUCUUGUUCCUGCCAUCGGAGCUAGUGGAUUUGCAGCUGCCGCAACUGCUACAGGAUCUGCUGCUGGAUCUGUGGCUGUGGCUGCAUCAUUUGGAGCUGCUGGAGCUGGCCUUACUGGUAGUAAGAUGGCAACAAGAAUUGGAAGUCUAGAUGAAUUUGAGUUAAAAAGUGUUGGAGGCACUAAUCAAGGACACCUAGCAGUUAGAAUCUCCAUUUCUGGGCAAGUAUUUAAGGAGAAAGAUUUCGUAGAACCUUGGGAAGGUCUCAAUGAUAACAUGGAGAGGUACGUGCUCCAAUAUGAGUCUAAAAAUUUGAUUGCACUGAGCACAGCCGUCCGGGACUGGCUUACUUCACAGAUUGCGAUUCGGUUGAUGAAAGAUGGUGCCAUGAUGACAGUAUUAAGCUCACUAGUUACAGCCCUAGCAUGGCCAACAGCUUUACUUACCACAUUUGAUGUUAUUGACAGCAAAUGGGCAAUUGCAGUGGACAGAUCAGACAAGGCUGGUAAGGUGUUUUCUGAAGUGCUGUUGGCAGGCUUGCAAGGAAACAGGCCUGUGACACUAGUAGGUUUUUCACUGGGAGCCCGCGUUAUUUUCAAAUGUCUUCAAUUUUUGGCUCACUCCGAAGGAGACAAUGCUGGAAUAGUGGAAAGGGUUGUUUUGCUUGGAGCACCUAUCUCAAUUUCGGACGAAAGCUGGGAGAAGGCUAGAAAGAUGGUGGCCGGAAGGUUUGUGAAUGCAUACUCUUCCAAUGACUGGACGUUAGGUGUAACUUUCCGUGCCAGUUUACUCUCUAAAGGAUUAGCUGGAAUCCAAUCUGUUGAUGUUCAUGGCAUUGAGAAUGUCGAUGUGACACAUCUUAUAGAAGGUCACUCUUCCUACCUUCAGAUGACACAGAAGAUACUGGAGGAACUUCAAUUGGACAACUGUUGUGCUGUUUUCAGAAUGUGACACAUCUUAUAGAAGGUUUAUGCUUUAUCUAUUAUAGACACAUGCAAUACGCUUACUUCUUUUUUGGCAGUUUUUGGAAACAGACUAUAAGGAAGGCCACACCUGAACCAUAAACUACCAAAAUGUGGCUAGGACCUGGAAUAGUGUAUAAUGAAGCUUUAUAUACAAGCUACUGAAGAACAUUUAAUUGUAACUACAACCUGUGUCUUAGCUGUCUACUAUAUUGUUUAUGUACAAAAACUAUGAAUUAUAUUUUCACCAAAAAGCUAC